CAUUUCCAACAUCGGCGCAUUAACUCAACAGAAAGUAUGCAAAGAACGUGCAGAAUCGUUUCUGGAGUUUGAGCCGAUCUGAACGCACCGAAUCAGAUAAAGGUCAUUUCUAUAACAAUCGACUCAAUUUGUUUUCUCUAUCUUUAAAAAAAAAUCAUUUUUUAAAUUGGUCUACCUUCAAGGAAUGGCUAUAAAGCAGAACCGCAUAUGAAAAGGUUCAUGGAUGAAUGAAUAAGAUGUACUAUCUAACAUGGAGUAGUUGGCUAAUACACACGAACGUCGUAAGAAUCCACAAUCUUUUUUAAAGUUAAAUACUAGUUUUUUAGGAAACGAUAAAGGGGGGCGAUGCCAACUGGAUUCCGGAGUAGGCGCCGUGUUCUGACUGAUUUUCCACAGUAGAAGCUAUUUUCUGUGGAAUAGGGUAUUGGUCACUUUUAUUAUGUUACUCGGAUGUCAUUGGAAUAACAACAUCGUCUGCGGUUGGUUGUUUCUAGACCAAAAUAAUAGGCACCAGUUUACGCGCUUUCCUAAUGCUCAAUACUACAUCACAGGAGCCAGUACCAUCAUGCGUAAAGAAGAGUUACUUUGGUGGGGCAGAAAAGUGACCGAAUAAAUAUUGUAUAACAUAUUUUGGUGAGAUACUACCCAAAGUCUGCAAUUAUGUCAUCGGAUAUGUCUAAAGCAUUCUACAUGGGAAUGGAGGUGGUGAUCGCCUUGUCCUCAGUGAUCGGGAACGUGAUGGUGGUCUGGGCUGUUCGUAUCAAUCGCUCUCUGAGGGACACGACCUUUUGUUUUAUCGUCUCUUUAGCCCUGGCUGACAUUGCAGUUGGAGCGCUCGUCAUUCCUCUUGCUAUCAUCAUCAGUAUCGGACUAAAGACUCAUUUCUACAGCUGCCUGCUCGUGGCCUGCACUGUGCUGGUGCUCACACAAAGUUCCAUCCUCGCUCUCCUGGCUAUCGCCAUCGACCGUUACCUGAGGGUCAAAAUACCGAUGAGCUACAAGCGCGUGGUGACCCCUCGGCGUGCAGGCACAGCUGUUGUGGUGUGCUGGAUCGUGGCCAUCGUGGUGGGGCUCAUCCCCAUGCUGGGGUGGAACAACCUGCAGCAUCUCCAUGACAAUGGCUCUCAGAUCACCCCUGACCUCCUGGUGACCUGUGAGUUUGAGAAGGUCAUCAGCAUGGACUACAUGGUGUACUUCAACUUUUUCGGCUGGGUGCUGCCUCCUCUAGUGCUCAUGCUGCUGAUCUAUGCUGAGAUCUUCUACAUGAUCCACAAGCAGCUCAACAAGAAGGUAACGGCCAGCCAAACAGACCCAAGUCGUUAUUAUGGCAAGGAACUGAAGCUGGCAAAGUCACUGGCGCUCGUCCUCUUCCUGUUUGCCGUCAGCUGGCUUCCUCUCAACAUCCUCAACUGCAUCACACUCUUCUGCCCCACAUACCACAAACCCAUGUUCCUCACCUACAUUGCCAUCCUGCUCACCCACGGCAACUCGGCUGUCAACCCCAUCGUCUAUGCCUUUCGCAUCAAGAAGUUCCGCACUGCCUUCCGCAAGAUCUGGGAGCAGUACGUGAUGUGCCGGGACUCAGUGGGACAGCUUCCACAGAGGGGCAGCCAGCGGUGCCAGAGUCUCGAGAGGAGGCUGAGGCACCAUGAGGUCGACGACAACAAUGUCUGA